AUGAAAAGUGAAAAUCCAAAACUAACCAAAAUGAUAAUGAUUGGAGGAACAGGUGAUGGUAAGAGUUCACUUGGUAAUUUUGUUUUGAAAAAGAAAGAUAAAAGUAAUGCUUUUAGAGUCAGCAGUGAACCAAACUCACAGACACAAGAGACAAUAGGGUCAUAUGGAGAAAAUGAUCGGGAGAAUGUAUUUGUUAUUGACACACCUGGUUUUCAAGAUUCUCAUGGUGCAGAAACAGAUACAGAACAUAUCAAACAAAUGGUAGAUUAUAUUAAAAAACAAAAAGGAAUACAGGCUAUCGUUAUUGUUUUAAGUAUUCACAGCCCUAGAUUAUCAGACGGUAUCAGAACAAUGAUUGAAAUAAUUUCCAACAUUUUUCCAAUCAGUGAUUUCUGGGAACACGUAUGUAUUGUAUGGACUAAGUGUUAUAAUUAUACACCAGAAGAAGUAAUAAAACAAGAUAUAGAGAUCAAAAAGCAGGAUUAUUAUAAAGAAUUAUUAAAACUUGCAAGAGAAAUAACAGGAGUUGAAAGAAUUGUUUUACCAAUGUAUUUUGUAGAUUCAAAACCAAUUGAACGUUUAGAUAACACUAGAUCAGAUAAUGAAAUUAAAUCACUGUUAGGAUGGGCUCGUUGUUUAAGACCUAUUAAUGUUGAUAAAAUAAAAACAGCAGAUGCCACAUACAAAAUGGUCAUUAAAGAAGAGAAGGAAUUCACAGAAAUUAUAGAAGUAAAAAAAGAACACAUAAAGUUAAAAAUUUAUAUGAAGAGAAGAGAAAAAAGAAUUCCGUAUAGAGGAAAAGUUAGUUAUACUGAGUGGAAACAGAUAAACAGUAGGAUCAUAUUUAAACCAAUUAUACAACAACUUGCUGAUACUUCAAAAGAAGGAUUUCAAAAAUUACUAAAUGAAGUUGGAGAUAGUAUGUUUGGAUUUGUCACCGAUGGGAUUGUUAGUCGUGAUAGGUUAAUGUUAUAG